UCAAAAGUAAUUUCACAUUUGAAGAGACAAUUCCUGUUUUUGCCAGGACUGUUGACUUCGUCCCCCAAUCCAAGAAAGUGAACAUUUUCUUUCCUCUAUGGAAAUCCAAAGAGUGAUGUUGAAGACAUGAAGAUAAAUCUGGUCCCUGUUAACUCCCUCAGGGCUCAAAGUCAGCUAGCUAUUGAUAGCCUCAGACCCCAUGUUAGUAAUCAUCCCCAACAGAAGUGCUUUGCACAGUAAUUGCUUCAGGCUGAGCAAUCAAGUUGAAGAAACAUUUCCACUGCUUAAAGAGAUACCUGCCAACUAUAUUAUUCAGCUCUCCCAAUGGGAUUUUCCCUUAGUAAAUCUGCUACUCAGGUAUCUGCUAUGCGUGUGGAUUCAAAAGUGGACGAUCAUUUAAUGCAAGGGACUGAGAAAAGCAAGUUGGAACCAGUGACUCAGUUAUUUCAAAACAUCAAGAAAAUAAGAUUAGAAAACACAAGCCAAGAAAACUUUACAAGAAGUAAAGAGAUUAGCACAGGAUCUCUUUCAGAGAAAAUCUUGGGUUCUGUAGUAUAUGUUAAAGAAAAUGAUGGAAUAGAAAUGACAGAUGUGGAAUGAAGUUAUUUGUACAUUCUGCCAAAGAAAUUGCUUUUGACUAAGAGAGCAUGUUGAAUGAGAACUUAACCUUAUUAGGAAAACCUAACAAAAUGAAGGAUGAUGAUUGCUUAUUUUUCACUAUUUAUGAAUCACCUUAGACUGCACUUUUUUGAUACAUAUUCAAAACCGUUGUUUUAGGGGAAAAAAACUUUUCAAAAUUCAAAGCAAAAUUCUCUGGUAUUCUAUCCUUGUCAAAAAUCAGAAUUUUUGAUUAACAGUAUUUAAAUGGUACUAAAACAUUUUAAUUAUAAUGUUUCUCUAACAAGUGAUCAAAAACAGUGCCUGAACAAUUUGACAUCUGUAUUUCAUACUAUUUCUAGUGUACCAAUUUUUUAAUAUUUCAAGUUUGGGAUUUUGCUUUAGGGUACUUUAUCUUACUGCAGUUUUGCAUUUCUGUUCUGUAAAAGAUCACUUCACAUAAACCCUGCAAAAGACCAGUAAGUUACAUAUCUUGAGAAGCAUUUCACGUUUUAAAUCAUCCUUUUAAAACUAUUUUUCCCCACAUUGAAUUCAUUUCAGAGUUACAAAAUAGUUAUUUCCAAGUCUAAUGGUUUAUUUUAUAGAUACUACCAUUUUAUACCACCAAUAUUUAAUGUAAGAAAAAUAGUCUUGUGUUAAAAAUUCUUGUUUUUGGAUGGAACUGGAGAGUGUGAUGCUAAGUGAAAUAAGCCAUACAGAGACAGACAGAUACCAUAUGGUUUCACUCUUAUGUGGAUCCUGAGAAACUUAACAGAAGACCAUGGGGGAGGGGAAGAAAAAAAAAAAAAAGUG